AUGAGUAAGAGCAAAGAGGAUGCUCCUCACGAACUAGAGAGCCAGUUUAUCUUACGUCUACCUCCAGAAUAUGCCUCUACUGUGAGGCGGGCAGUACAGUCUGGCCAUGUCAAUCUGAAGGACAGACUGACAAUCGAGUUACAUCCGGAUGGGCGCCAUGGAAUUGUCAGAGUGGAUCGAGUCCCACUGGCCUCAAAAUUGGUAGAUCUGCCUUGUAUCAUGGAAAGUUUGAAAACCAUUGACAAAAAAACCUUUUACAAGACAGCUGAUAUCUGUCAGAUGCUUGUAUCCACAGUUGAUGGUGAUCUCUAUCCUCCAGUGGAGGAACCAGUUGCAGCUGCUGCAACUGCUGCAGCUGCUGCUGCUGACCCCAAAGCAAGCAAAAAAAAGGAUAAGGACAAAGAGAAAAAGUUUAUAUGGAACCAUGGAAUCACUCUGCCUCUAAAAAAUGUCAGAAAGAGAAGGUUCCGGAAGACAGCAAAGAAGAAAUAUAUUGAAUCUCCAGAUGUGGAAAAGGAAGUGAAACGUUUGCUGAGUACAGAUGCUGAAGCUGUCAGUACUCGUUGGGAAAUAAUUGCUGAAGAUGAAACGAAAGAAACCGAAAAUCAAGGCCUUGAUAUCUCUUCUCCAGGGAUGUCAGGCCACAGGCAAGGCCAUGACUCAUUAGAACAUGAUGAGCUUCGGGAGAUUUUCAAUGACCUCAGCAGCAGCAGUGAAGAUGAAGAUGAGACACAGCAUCAAGAUGAGGAAGACAUAAACAUCAUUGACACCGAAGAAGAUCUGGAAAGACAGCUACAGGACAAGCUAAAUGCAUCAGAUGAACAGCACCAAGAAAAUGAGGGGACCAAUCAGCUGGUUAUGGGAAUUCAGAAACAGAUUGAUAACAUAAAAGGCAAGCUCCAAGAGACCCAGGAGAGGGCAAAAAGACAGGAAGACCUCAUCAUGAAAGUGGAAAACCUGGCCCUCAAGAACAGGUUUCAGGCUGUGCUGGAUGAACUCAAACAAAAGGAAGACCGAGAAAAGGAGCAGCUCAUCUCUUUGCAAGAAGAGCUAGAAUCACUCCUAGAAAAGUAA